AUGCGGGAUGUUAUACCAACUGUUGAGAAUCUAAGGUGUGUCUCCAGACUCUCCCUUCGCAACGCUCCAAUCCUCCCGUGCCCCUUCACUCCAAACACGACGCGUUCGUCGCAAUUCUCCCUUCCCUCGGCUCAUUGCGUGCGCGCCGCGUUCUUUUCCUCUCGUCCGUUCCUCCCUUACCCGCCACGUCGCAUUCAGUGUCCCGUCCGCUUCCGGUGCGUGCUGACGUCUCUUCCUUCUAGACGAUUCGUCCCGUGGCGGCCUCGUCCUAUUCCCCCUCACGUGCGCGCUUCAACCUGCCCACCCCGUCCCAUGCCCUCCGCUUUGCAUUCUUUCUCCCCGUACCCUCUCAUGCCCCGCUGCUCCUCUCUUCCAUUGUGCGUGCACUCCCUUUCCCCUCUGCGCCAUUCGCAUUUUGUCUCGCUCAUCUCCUCCUGUGCGUAUACAAUCACAUUCACCGCUGCUCCUCUCCUCCCUUGCGCCUUCUCUCUCCCUACCCCCUGCUCCUCUUUUCCCGUACGCCUUCCCUCUCAUUCUCUCAUUCCGUGCGCCUUCACUCUCAUUCCCCUCUCAUUCUCUCAUUCCGUGCGCCUUCCCUCUCAUUCUCUCAUUCCGUGCGCCUUCACUCUCAUUCCCCUCCCAUUCUCUUCUCAUUCCCCUCUCAUUCUCUCAUUCCGUGUGCCUUCACUCUCAUUCCCCUCUCUUUCUCUCCUCCCUUGCGCCUCCUCCUCUCUUUCCCCUCUGACUCUCUUCUCCCGCGCGCGUUCUCUCUCGUUCUUCUCUGUUUCUCUCAUGGUUGUGCGCGUCCUAUCUCAUUCCCCUCCGUCUCUCUCCUCCCGUGCGCCUUCUCUCUCAUUCCUCUCUGACUCUCUUCUUCCGUGCGCCUUCUCUCUCGUUCCCCUGUGCGCGUCUCCUCCCAUGCGCAUUUCGUUUCAUUUCCCCUUGCUCAUCUCCUCACGUGCCCGUUCAACCGCAUUCCCCUCUGCGCCUCUCCUCCCAUGCGCAUUUAUCUUUUCCCCUGCUGCUCCUCUCCUCCCAUGCGAGUAUACUCUCAUUCCCCUCUGGUUCACUCCUUCCGUAUGCAUUCUCUCUCAACCCCCUCUGUUUCUCUCCACUCGUGCUCCUGCUCUCCCAAUCCUCUCUGUUUUCCUCCUCCCAUGCGCCUUCGCUCUCAUUCCCUUAUGUAUCUCUCUACCCGUGCGCCUUUUCUCUCCCGUACGCUCGUCUACUCUGUGCUCCACCUACUCCUCCCUUGUUGUGCCCGUAUUUGCACAAUUUUCACACAUCUCCUCUCCUCCUAUGCUCGGCUUCUCUGUUUCGCGGACUGGUGCUCUGGCCUGGUGCUUUUCUUCUCUGUUUUCACCCUACUCCUCUCCUCUCAUGCGCAUUUCGUCUCAUUCCCCUCUGCUCAUAUCGUCCCGUGCGCCUUCUCACUCAUUCCGCUCUGCGCCUCUCCUCCCACACGCAUGUAGUCUCAUUCCCCUCAACUCUCCUCCCUUGCGCGAGACCUCUCAUUACACUCUGUUCCUCUCCUCCCAUGCGCAUAUUGCUUUACUCGCCUCUGCUCCUCUUCUCCCGUGCGCCUUCUGUCUCAUCCCCCUCUCAUUCCCCUCUCAUUCUCUCAUUCCGUGCGCCUGCACUCUCAUUCCCCUCUCAUUCCCCUCUCAUUCUCUGGUUUCCGUGCGCCUGCACUCUCAUUCCCCUCUCAUUCCCCUCUCAUUCUCUCAUUCCGUCCGCCUGCACUCUCAUUCCCCUCUCAUUCCCCUCCCAUUCUCUCAUUCCGUGCGCGUGCACUCUCAUUCCCAUCUCAUUCCCCUCUCAUUCCCUCUCAUUCUCUGUCAGGUUAACGCUCUCUUGGAAAUCCUGCGCAAGAGCAUUCUUGAAAUCCAAGAUUGGAAGUCCUAUCGAGACGUGCAGGCGUACGCUGAGUCUAGGGCGACGGAUGGCCACCGAGGUUGGCGACGAAAGACCAUCCGGUCACGUAACAAGGCGUGGCUGGAGUAUUGGUACUGUGAUCCCCUGAUUGCUCUGCAGGACCUGUUGAAGAACCCCAAGUUGGCUGCCAAGAUGGUGUUCCAUGCAGAUCCUCAAUACGUUGGGAACGUGAGGGUGUACAGUACCCCCGAAACAGGCCUAUGGUGGGAGAGGUUGCAAACUUUGGUGCGGGGGGAGGAUCCGGAUGGAGUUGUGGCUGCUUUGAUCCUUGCGAGUGACGAGACGCAUGUGGAUCAUAGAGGGAAGGCGAAGGGUCAUCCUGUGUAUCUCACAUUGGGUAACAUUGAUAAGGACGAUAGGUGGCAACCCUUUGGGCACGUGCUACUAGCACUGCUCCCUGAGUUUCCUGCAGAGUACAACGUAGUGGAUAAGAUGCAAGUCCACAAUUACAUCAUGCAAGAGGUGCUGCAAUCUCUUAAGACGGCAUCCUACACCGGCAUAGCUAUGAAGAAUGCUGCAGGCGAGUCUAUCAACGUGUGGCCCUACUUGUGGGAGUCCGACACCAUUCUCAACCCGUACCUUGCGGUGCUGCCCGAUGUGAUGCACCAAGCAGAUUUGGGCAUUUACGAGCACAUUGUCGACUUCAUUCGCGCGCAUGUGAAGUUACUGGCAGAUAGAAAGAAGCUGGACAGGAUCCUUAGGAUGUUACACAACCUCAAGACCGCAUUCCCGCACACGUCGGAUUGGAACUUCAUUAAGAUGCACCUCAUCAGUCACUACAUAGACUCCAUUCGUAGGUCGGGCCUGCCCGAGCACUAUUCUGCACAACUAUACGAGCACCUACACAUAGAGUACAUUAAAAACCCUUACAGGGCGUCGAAUAAACGGUCAGUCAAUAGCCAGAUCGUCGGCAGCGAAGAGGCACGACUUCGUCUUCAGUAUAUCGCGCCCCAGCUCAUGGCAAAGAAGAAGUAUGACACCGCCAUGGUGAAGGUGCCGGACGCGAAGCGUGAUGGCCCGUUGCAGGCCAUCAUCGGCGAGGAGUUGAAACACUUGCGUGCGGCAUUGGAUAGGGCACCUGGCUGUGACGGCAAUGGGGAAGCUAUCAAGGAAGUACAUGUCCACUGGGAACUCGCCAUGCCAGCUGCGGUUGAUGCGCAGUAUAGUCGCCUGCCACACCGCAUCCGCGCCCUGCCCAUGCACCAUGGCCGUCAAUGGUUUUCUGAUGUGGCGGUCAAAGGUGAGGGCUCAGACGGGGACGAGGAGUGGUUUGCGAAAACCCUUCUGUUGUUUCAUGCCAAGGUUGCGGGCACGGUUAAAAACUAUGCGUUCGUCAAGUACUACAGGGAACAGGCCAGCGUUGAUGCAGCCACCAAGUGCAAGCUGGGAGAUGACGUUAUUACAGAAGAGAUUAAGAGGCGGCAGUUAGCUAAAGAGACUGCCUUAAAAACAGCUGCAGUCAACACUCUCCACGGCGCUCCCACGGUUGGUAAGACGGCAGCUGCAGGCCGUCGGGGCGGGUCUAAGAGGAAACGUGCUGCCGCCGGCUCUGGUGCGCGUGGUCGAUCCUCUGGUGCGAAUGGCAACAUUCCUGCAGGCUCGCCAUCCGCUGACAACCCUACCGCCGGCACUUCGUCAGAAGCAGAAGGCGCGAACCCUGCACCGGUGGCAGAAGCAACGGACUCCACGCAAAACGGCGCACCAACCACAGGCGGCAUAGUCUGCGGUUCGCGUCUAAACCCUGAUACUGGAGCUCUCCCUGCACCCCCCGUUCCUGCCGCCGGAGCCCCGGGUCCGAUGAUGGCAGCAGUGAUUGAGGCCACAGAGGAGGGCGGCGUGGAUCCCUUCAUCGCAUACGCCGGCAUCGAAGCUGGUAGCGAUGACGAAGACGGGAACGACGACGAUGCAGAUGAUGCUGACGGCGUCCAAGCGGGAAACGACGAUGAGUUGCGCGCAGCGGAGGUUCGGGCGGCGGAAGUGUGCGCGGCGGAGGUUCGGGCGGCGGAGCUUCGGGCGGCGGAGGUCCGGGCGGCGGAGCUUCGGGCGGCGGAAAUUCGGGCGGCGGAGCUUCGAGCGGCGGAGCUUCGGGCGGCGGAGGUUCGCGCGGCGGAGGACCGCGCGGCUGCGGUUCGCGCGGCAGAUGUGCGCUCUGCGGAGGCUCGCCAGGAUGAGCUGGCGCCGCACACCUCGCAGCCUAAUAACCCGGCAGCACUCGCAAGGCGUGAACGGUCGCAAGUUGCUGGUGCACACCAUUUCAGGGAAGCACGACAGCUGGAGGCGCAGUUGCGUGACCUGCAGAACACGGUCUCCACUCUGAACGCGCAGCUGCAGGAGGCUCGGGCCAGGAUCAAGGCGGUGGAGGCGGAACGCGAUAGUCUGAAAACGCAGUUGGAGUCGAUGCAGCGACAGCUCUCAGAGGAAGUCGCUGGAACGAGCGCGGACAUGGGCGCCCUUCGGGACCCUUCCGACCCCCGGGUCCGAAUGGAGAACGUCCGUAAGGACGUUGCAGGCAACCCGAUAAUUCCGUCAUCAAUCAGCAGCGACGAUGCAUUCGAUGAUAUGGUGGGUAAAACCUACGCCUGGCUCAUCACCCUUGCCCCUGCAGGAGAGAUGGAGUUCUAUCCACAGUGGGAAGAAUUCCAGCCACAUUUGGUGCGCAAGUACAUAGCCGAGGGGACCACGCAAGAUGAGUACUACCUCUUCAUGGGCGGGAACAGCAAGCGCAUUGAACGGGCGCUGAAGGUGAUUGGCUGCAAACGUGCGAACAUGAACAAGCCGAUCAAGCUCUGGGCAUGGGGUGCUGGUGGCGUCAUUGACGAGGAGAAAUGGUUCCUCUUGAAGGUUGGUGGCAUCACACCAACAAAGGCGCGUGAUGAAAAAGGCUGGGUGGAGCAGUUCAAACACCCGAAGUACGGCUAUGACUGGCACUGCUCUGCUCAGGGCCGCCCUUUCGCUGCUGCGGCCUUUGAGCUGGCAGUCAAGAAGGCUUUUGUCAGCGCCCGGUGCAACAUGUUUGCAGUGAAGAUCCCAGCAGUCGGCUAUCUUUGCAACGUGGUUGAAUGGCCAUUGGAGAACCACAAGGGCAAGAAGGGUCAUGCAUCUCUUGACAACAACGAGACCAACAACCGCAACAACGUGCAUGCCAAGACAAGGGUGGUGGCGGCAUGGCUGAAGGAAACCCUUGAAAGGGAGCCUGCCACAUUCAAGAUCGAUGAGCCGAUGGGGUUCGAGAUGGGUGUUGGGAAAGUGAGGAUCCUGAUUGAGGGUUAUGAGCUGUUUUUCUUCCCCUCUGGUGUCGUUCCAACCCCCUGGCCUCCCGUUAACAAUCUGUGA